AUGAACAACUCCGGCACCAGCGCAGACCGCCCGGCCGUCCGGCCGCCACCCCCUCAACGCACUGCUAGUUCCAACACCACCAGCGUCCCACUUCGCCCGGCUCCGGCUCAGUCCGCCGUCUCUCGCCCGCAGCCCCAAGGUCAACGCCCCCAAGGCCAACAACCCCGUGCUUCCCAACCCCAGGGUAACCAACCCCAGGGUAACCAACCCCAACCCCGCCAGCAACCCCCCCAACAAGCCGGCCCAACCCCCGCCGCCGCAGACGGCCUCAACGCCCUCCUCGCCGCGGCCCGCAAAACCGGCGCCAUCGAAACAAGCGGCACAUCCACGCAAUCCGUCCCCCUCUCCCGCACUCCCAUCCCCACCGAGCUCCUCCCCGAAGUCGCCCACGCCCUCAACGAGGCCCUCGGCCCCGUCAUGCCCUUCGCUUUUGUCAAGGGCAUUGCCAUGCGGUAUCUCGGUAUGUCACCCGAAAAAGCGCCACCGAGCCACCAGAUUGAGAUUGUCACGCCGGGGGUCAGUGUUCGGGCGCUGAGGGCGAUGGUGGAGAAGGGCAAGCAGGAAGGAUGGUUUGGGAGUUGGGAAGAGAGUGGAGUGCGGGUGGUGUAUUAUCGCGGGAUGGACGGGGGCCGGUAUCGGGUUGUGGUGUGGUCGCCGCAGGCGCUGAGGAUUAGGUUUGCUGUUGCGCGGACGCCGGCGCCGGCGGGGAUGCCGCCGUCUGCGAAGGGGUGGAAAGGGGAAGGCCCGGUGGUGAGGGUGGGAGUGGGUAAGGGGAGGGUGUUGAAGCCGGCGGGGUUGUUGGAUGCGGCCUGUGAUAUGUGGAAUGAGUUUGUGGCGAGGGAGGAUGAGGACGGGAUGAAGGCGGAGGGGGCGAAUAUUGCGUUUUUGUUGGGGUAUAUGGUUGCGAACAGGGUGGUGGUGUCGCAGGGGGAGCUCGGGGAGAUGGGGAAUGCGAUGGAUCGGGGGUUUCGGGAGGAGUUGGGGAAGAGGGCCAACUUGGAGGGGAAGUUUGCGGCGGUCGGGUUGAAGCAGAAGUGA